AUGUCUCCCGAGGCAGACAACAAGGCUUUGCAUCAGUUACAGCAAGAACAAUCCAAGAUUUUGGAUAAGAUCGAUGAGCUGCGCACCAUCGGCGUCGGUGGUCUCGUGGAACUGCCCCAGCUAAUUGUUUGCGGCAACCAGUCAAGCGGGAAAAGCUCCGUCCUCGAAGCCAUCUCUCGCGUGCGGUUCCCGGCGAAAAGUAAUGUCUGUACGCGAUUCGCGACGGAGGUGAUCCUGCGGCGGAAUCCAUCGUCAUCAAAAAUUAAGGUGUCCAUCGAGCCCGGCCCUUCUCGCACGGACGAAGACGAGCGACGCCGACUCCGGAGUUUUGCCUAUGAGGACUUCUCUAAUGGCAAUGACCUGCCUCCCCUGAUCGAUAAGGCCAAACAGCACAUGGGCAUCACGGAGUCGGUUAACACAGGCUUCAGUGAUGAUGUGCUCAAGGUCGAGAUUUCAGGGCCGGACAAACCGGAGCUGACUCUGGUUGAUCUGCCCGGCCUGUAUUACUCUACAAGUCAGGAGCAGGAUUCUCAGGGUAUCCUGAUAGUCCGCAAGCUGACAGAGAGAUAUAUGAAUAAUCCAAGAAGCAUCAUUCUUGCUGUGGUCAGCGCAAAGACGGACUACCAUCUUCAGGAGGUCCUGAACAUUGCGGAACGAUUUGAUCCCAAGCGUGAGCGCACACUUGGAAUCAUUACUCAGCCUGAUAUUCUGGAGGCGAACUCGGAGGAGGAAGACACAUAUCUACACUUUAUCAAGAAUGAAAAGAUUCGUCUAGAGAUAGGAUGGCACGUCUUGCGCAAUCGAUCGUUUGAGACCAGGGAUAUCUCAGACGAUGCCCGCGACGAGAUGGAGAAGGCGUUCUUCAAUCAGGGACGAUGGUCAUCGCUCUCACGGGAAUGUGUCGGCGUCGAAAGUCUACGUCGCCGCCUUAGCAGCAUAUUGCUCAAGCUCAUCCGUUCGAAACUUCCAGGGCUGAUUACAGAGAUCCAAGAAAAGGUGGCUGAUCGACAGCAGCGACUUCCGAAACUGGGGCCUCUUCGAUCCACUCUUCAGCAGCAAAGGGGCUACCUACUCAACAUUAGUAGUAAUUUUGAGCGCAUCACUGUGCAAGCUUUGAAUGGCAUGUAUGCAGAUGAGUUCUUUGGUGGCUUGGAUGAUACAGGGAGUAUCGAGGACUUCCGACGACUCAGAGCUGUUAUACGCCAGCUGAAUGAGUACUUCGCAGACGCAAUGGCCAUUCGAGGCUGCCGCAGGAAAAUUGUCGACCGGGGCCCAUUGCCUAGCAUAGAUGACUUGCAAGUUUCUUUCAGGAAGCCUUACAUGGACGACUGGAAACCUGAAUAUGUAGAGCGCCGUUCGAUCGAAGCAGAGAUCAGCAAGCAAGCACGCAAAAACAGAGGCAUUGAGCUUCCAGGGAAUGCAAAACCAACUCCUCCGAGGUAUUUCGCUUUGCUCGUUCUACAACACAUUACUGACGACCAUACCUAUUCCUUGCUGGUUGGCUCAAUUAUCGAUGCAGAAUUUGAGAAAUUGAAGCAAUCAUUGCUUGACAAGCUUGACGAGCUGACCGCAUACACGAAGAGAGGUCACCCAUUGCCCGUGGGCAAGAGCUUUCUCUCACAGAUUCAGAAGGCCAGAAGCAAGCGUCAGCUAGAAUCACUAGGAGCAAAUCUCCGAGUCAGUCGUCUGGACGAAAAGGGGGAAAAGUACUUUUCGAUGAGAGACCUCGAGCAAGCCACGUCGUCGACGGAGGCUUCCCGGAAUGAAUCUGCAGCCGUCGAGAUCAUCGACCAGAUGGAAGCGUAUUAUGAGACUGCAAUUGUGACGUUUGUCGACAAUGUCGCAACUCUAGGCAUCGAAAAUUGUCUUCUUGACCCGCUGCAACGUAUAUUUACCAGCCAGGUUGUGAAUAACAUGGAUGAUGAUCAGAUCCGAGAACUUGCCAUGGAACCGCCUUAUAUACAUGAAGAACGACAACGGUUAGGCCGCGAGCUCGACAAAUUGCAAGCUGGCCUACGGGCCCUCAGCGUCUUCAACACACAAAAGCCGUCAUUGGGUAACCCACCCUUAUUGGUGAACAGGCCGGCUGCAGGACUAUCGGACGGUCCUAUUUCUUCCAUUGAAGAAAACCGUCCAGGACCAACAAUAGCCUCAGCCAACGGAAACCCCGUCGCUGUAACCGAGUCCAUUGCCCCCUUGGAGUCUCCCGGACCUACGAAAGCUGCGGAACCGAGACCACCCACUGUACUUGAAUCGGCCAAGGCUUCACCGGCAGCUUCUGGGACUCUGUCUAAUGUCAGCCUAUCUAAACAGAAACCCGUGUCUGGUGGCUUUGGUACAGCCCCGUCUGAGCACAAGCCUGUUUCUGGCCUUUUUGGUGCAGCCAUAUCAGAGCAGAAACCUAUUACAAGGGCAUUUAGUACAGGCUCAUCAGAACAGAAACCCUUGUCUGGUGGCUUUGGUAUAUCCUCCUCUGAACAUAAGCCUGUUACCGGUCUUUUAGGUGCAGCCAUAUCUGAAAAGAAAUCUGUUUUUGGUGGCUUGGGCACAGACACAUCUACGAGCACCAGCACCAAACCUAUGACAGGCACCAGUACCGGCACCUCUACUACUGUCCAGCAGUCCGGCAUAGGCUCCACCAGCAAGAGAGUAAAUUCUCCGUUUGACCCCGAAACAUUUCAAGGCUUUGGUCAGAAUCUAACUGUUGCAAGUAAAACCCCAGCACAUAUCUCAGCUUUGAGUUCCGUUGUGAAGUAUUCCCCUGAGAUGUAUUGGGCUGAUGGUUACCAAUCCAGGAACUCCGACUUGCUUGGUAUGAUGCAUUUAGUGGUAAACCCCGACUCUCUGUCGGAGAUCCUCCCCUUGUUUGAUGAAACCUUGAGCGCACCGCCGCUGGCGACAGCAGAAGAUAGGACGAAACGUCCUAACCCCAACUUUGUGCUUAGCGAACUAACCUUAGCCGUGGGACGAUGGGAUUCGAACUUAGCACGACUGAGCAAGGUUCAAACACUGCCAUAA